CUUUGGCGCGGUAUUGGAGGACGCAGGCCGGGGACCGCGCGGCCCGGCCCCACGUGGGUGCCGGGUCCCAGCCCGUCGGACGACAACACUUUGUGUGUCACUCUUGCGCGGGCCGCGCCAUACCUCCGCCCGCGCCGCCGUCGGGCGCGGUGCCGCGGGGCACCCGGCCCUGCUCACGCUGCUUCACGCUCCCCGGCCCGCAGUGCUGUUUCAGAGAGCGGCGCGACGCGGGAGCAGGAGGAGGCCGCUGACGCUGCCAUGGACGCGCCGGCCUGCGAGAGCGGCGAGUGUCGGCCGGCGGACUCGGGCGAUGGGGUCGCCGCCGUGGCCUCCAACGGUGCGGCCUCCGGCAGCGCCACCGCCGCGGAGGUGCAGUCGACGGCCAAGUCGUCGUCCGCCCGGUUCGCCUCUCGCAGCCUCCGGAUCACGGGGGUCGUGUCCUCGGCGCGACGGAAAGUGGACGAGGCGCGCGGCUGGCUGGACAAGCACGGCACGGCCAAGCACCGCGUCGCCCUGGCCGUGGGCCACAGCCUCGUCGUCAUCUACCUGGCCUUCGCCGUCGCGCACUGGCGCGCGGAGGUGGAUGCCGGCCGCGCGAGCGACCUCGAGUUCUGCGACGGGCUCGGCUUGCUCCUGGUCAUCCUGGCCGGCACCUACCUGGGUAUCGUCUACUACGCGUUGCUCAAGCCGUACUGCUUCCCCUGGGCGCGCCGUCUCCUGCCCAGCUGCACCCAGAACCGCGUGCUCCGCUGGACGGUGCUGGCCGCGGUGCUGAUCGCGCUGCUGGUGCUGCUGCUGCUGGACAUCGGCGCGGACCGGCGGCGGCUGGCGGCGCUGCUCGGCGUGGUCGUGUUCGUGCUGCUGGGCUGGGCGUGCUCGCGCCACCCGCGCCGCGUGCGCUGGCGGCCCGUGCUCACCGGGCUGCUGCUGCAGCUGCUGUGCGGCCUGCUCACCAUCCGCCUGCCGCAGGGCCGGCGCGCCCUCGAGUGCCUCGCCGCCAAGGUGGCCGCGCUGCUGGGCUGCGCCGACGACGGCUCCAGCUUUCUGUUCGGCGACAUGCUCGUCAAAGAGAAGUCGCUCUUCGCGUUCAAGGUGCUGCCCGUCAUCUUCUUCUUCAGCAGCCUGAUCCAGGUGCUCUACUACCUGGGCGCGAUGCAGUGGGUCGUGGCGCGGGUGGGCGGCCUGCUGCAGGCCAUCAUGGGCACCACGCUGUGCGAGUCGGUGAACGCGGCGGGCAGCGUGUUCCUGGGCAUGACGGAGAGCCCCCUGCUCAUCAAGCCCUACAUCGAGCGACUCACCAGCUCAGAGCUGCACGCCGUCAUGGGCACCGGCUUCGCAACGGCGUCGGGGUCCGUUCUGGCAGCUUACAUCUCCUUUGGGGCUGACCCGGGUAACUUGUUGACGGCCUCCAUCAUGUCGGCGACGGGGGCGCUGGCCUACUCGAAGCUGCUCCUGCCAGAGACCGAGGAGUCCACGACCACGGCCGAGCACCUCGGCGAUUCGAGCGGCGUGGAGAUAGAGGAUAGCAGCGUGAUCGACGCUGCGGCGCGCGGCGCCAGCGCUGGCAUCAACAUCGUGCUCAACAUCGCCGCCAACCUGGUGGCCUUCGUGUCGCUGCGGUACCUCAUCAACAGCGUGGUGGGCUGGCUGGGGGAGCUCGUCGGCAUCCCGGACUUCUCUAUCGAGAUGGUGCUGGGCGUGCUGUUCAUGCCCGUCGUGUGGUUGAUGGGCGUGGCGCCGGAGGACUGCAAAGACGUCGCCACCUUGGUGGGCCUCAAGACGUUCGUCAACGAGUUCGUCGCCUUCGAGAGGAUGAGUCAAUUGAAAGAAACCGACCAACUUUCGCCACGCUCCCUGGCCCUGAGCACCCUGGUGCUGUGCGGCUUCGCCAACUUCGGCUCCCUGGCCAUCCUCAUGAGCGUGCUGUCGGCCAUCGCCCCCUCGGCCAGGUCCAAGGUGUCCGACGUGGCCCUGCGGUCGCUCGCCGCCGGCAUCGUGACCUGCUGCAUCACUGCCAGCAUGGCGGGGAUGCUGAUGGGUGAGAACUCUUUCUCCACCACCACGUCGAACGAGACGUCGAACCUGACUCGCUCAUAGCUUUUCCUGUGUGCUGCGUAUUUGUGAGGACUGAUCUUACCGUAUUUGCACGUUGUAGUGCGAAAUAAGUAUCGAUAAGUUAGUUUUAUAACAAAAGUAAAGAAAAUGCUGAAGGUGAUUAAA